AUGAAACAAAACAAAAAAGACAAAGAAUUACACAAAAAGUUACAAAAUGGCAAGAAAAUUGUGAAACAAGACAAAAAAGACACAAAACAACAAAUAAAGCAAAACACAACAUGACAAAAAUAACACAAAAAACACAAGUGAGACAAAAAGGAAACACAAAACAAAAAGGAGAAACAAAAUGACAAAAACACGAGAAAAAUGCUAAAAGUCAGACAAAAAAUAACAAAAAUAUUACAAAAAUGAGACAAAAACACAAGUGAGACAAAGAGGAAACAAAAUGACAAAAAAAUUAGACGAACGACAAAAGUCAGGCAAAAAGACAAAAAAACAACAAAAACAAGACAAAAUAUUACAAAAACAAGACACAAAAUGAGGAAAAAGAAACAUAAAGUGACAAAAAUGAGACACAAAACGACAAAAAAAUGAGACCAAUGACAGGAUAUUUGGUGUUGUUUGUCUCAUUUUUUUUUUGUCGUUUUGGGUCAAAGCAAGAAAGAGACAAAUAAUUUGAUUAAAAAAGUUACAAAGCGACAAAAACAAGACAAAAAAUGACACAAAAAGAAACAAAAGGACAAAAAAAUGGACUAACAACACAAGCGAGAUGAAAAAGCACAAAACAACAAAAAAUGACAAAAACGAGAAACAAAGCAAAAAAUGAGACAAAUGACAAAAACAAAAUGACCAAAAUGAGACAAAAAAACAACAAAAACGAGACGUAAAUUAACAAAUGAGAAACGACAAAAGUCAGACAAAAAAAAGACAAAAAAAAUGAGACCCAAAACGACAAAAGAACAAUGAACAACCUAGUAUUUUACUUUAUGAUCCAAACAACUUGUCAUGGUCUAGAAAUUAUUUUAAAUUUAUAGUUUUACUAAUUUACAAUCUGCAGUUAAUGUCUUCUCUGGAAUUUUUACUCUUGGAAGGCCGGAUUGGACCCUCUGGAGGACCGGUUUUGGUCCACGGGACGCGUGUUGGACAACCCCUUAGUGUAUAAUUAACAGAUGCUGUGAGGAUGUUGAUUCUCUUUAUUCUGCCUCGAUCAGAUUUCUGUCCCCACCCCCAAUGUGUGUGUGUGUGUGUAGUUAACGUGUGUGUGUAGUUAACGUGUGUGUGUAGUUAACGUGUGUGUGUAGUUAACGUGUGUGUGUAGUUAACGUGCGUGUGUGUAAUUAGUGUGUGUGUAGUUCUUGUGUGUGUGUAGUUCUUGUGUGUGUGUGUGUGUGUGUGUGUGUGAGUGCUGCAGCGUCUCGCAUGUUUUUCUGCAGCUCAUUCAGUCGAGGUCAAGCGACAUCCAGAUAGAGCAGAGAGAGAGAGUCUGUGUUUUUUAUUCUACCACCGAAGAAGAAGAACCGUUUUUGUUUUUUUUUCUUCUUCUGCUGCUGCUGCAGUCUUUCAGUCUCUCAGAUCUCAGAUUGAGGCUGCAGCUGCAUCUCUGCUGCGUCUCUUCCAGCGACCGAAGCCGCCGGUUCGUGGCUGAUUGAUUAUUGAUUAUUGAUUGCUUUGAUGGACCGUUUGUGAGGCGUCGGGAGAGCUGGACGUCGGCUGCUCCAUGUUGUGUCCCGCCUCCUGCCUGCCUCUCCUCAGGGAGUUGGCUCAGUGGCGCUGCCUGCUGGGCUGGCAUCGCCAACAUGGGGUCGCCUCCGCUAGCGCCGCAGGGCUAACCGCUAGCGCCGCAGGGCUAACCACUAGCGUUGCAGAGCUAACCGCUAGCACCGGACAGCAGCAGCAGGGGUCAGAGCUCAGAACCCGGCGACCCGUCGGACGAACCAAACCGCUACCGGGCAGUCAGUACUCGUCCUCCGGCUGCCUGCUGUCCCUCCACCACAGUGAGAAACCCGACCAUGAGGAGGUGUGUGAGUUCCGGCCCUACACCUGUCCCUGUCCUGGAGCUUCCUGUAAAUGGCACGGAUCUCUGGAGGCUGUGAUGCCGCACCUGAUGCACGCCCACAAGUCCAUCACUACGCUACAGGGUGAAGACAUAGUGUUCCUGGCGACUGACAUCAACCUUCCGGGCGCCGUGGACUGGGUGAUGAUGCAGUCGUGCUUCAGCCACCAUUUCAUGCUGGUUCUGGAGAAGCAGGAGAAGUACGAGGGCCACCAGCAGUUCUUCGCCGUCGUGCUGCUCAUCGGGACCCGGAAGCAGGCUGAAAACUUUGCCUACCGGCUGGAGCUCAACGGGAACCGGCGCCGUCUGACCUGGGAGGCCACACCGCGCUCCAUCCACGACGGCGUGGCGGCCGCCAUCAUGAACAGCGACUGCCUGGUGUUCGACACGUCCGUGGCCCACCUGUUCGCCGACAACGGCAACCUGGGAAUCAACGUCACCAUCUCCAUGUGCUGAGGGGCAGCGAACGCCUCGCGGGGAAAAGAAAGCCUCGCGGGGCAUCAAACGCCUCGGGGGCGUCGAACGCCUCGCGGGGCAUCGAACGCCUCGCGGGGCGUCGAACGCUUAGGGUGCAGCAAACUCCUUGCGGGGAAAAGAACGCCUCGCAGGGGAUCGAACUUGUCGAGGGGCAUCGAACGCCUCAGGGGUAAUGAACUCCUUGCAGAGCAUCGAACGCCUCACGGGGCAUCAAAUACCUGGCAUGGCACAAACACCUUGCGCCUAGCAGGGCAGUGAAUGCCUCAUGGGGCAGCUGGUUCAGGAGGCGUUUGGGUGCCGCCCGUUCAUCAGGACAGUUUCCUCUUCACAGCUUGGAUCCAUCGACACCAGCAGAGAAUGGUUUCCCUCCAGAUGUUUGUGUUUCUGUCCUUCUGCAGAUUAUUUUUCACUUUAAUCAACCAGAAAAGGAUCAAAUGGACAAGUUUCAAAAGCAGAUAUGACAGGUGAACACUAAACCAGAGGCCAUCGUGGCAGAGGAAGACGAGGAAAGGCGCCUUGAAGGUCAGAUUGACGACACUGAUGAACAGACUGAGUGCUACAAGAGAGUGGAACUGCUGAGAGACGAGCCGGUUGUGGUGAAGAGCAAGACUUAUGAAGAAAGAAAAACAGAAACCCUCAAAUCUGAGCACACAGUUAACAUUCAUCUACAUUUAAACUUUAUCUUUUAGUGCUGAGAUUUAAAUUUUCACCAAAUAAAGUUUGAUGUAAAGGAGUUAGAUUUUUAUUUUUUAGACGUCUAAUGAGUUGAUGAUUAAAUAUUUGAUUCAUUUAAAGUCAGAUCAGAGAACAUGAAUGUGAUGGUAAAUGAACUUUAUUGAUCAGGAAUAAUCUGCAGAUCGAUCAGUUCUCUGAGAUCCUCUGGAGCUGCCGGUGGAUUCACAGAAACGUUUGGGAAACAUUUGGACUCGUUCAGAGCCGAUGAUCCUGGUUAACCUCAGAUUAAAGAAUCCUGCAGAGCCUUAAUCCACACAGAAGACCUCCCAGAACACAAACAUUCAGACAACGCAGAAGAAACCUUCAGAGAACAUGCUUGGAUGAAACCAAGCUGCAAUAAAAACCCAAAGACCCUCAGAGGAUGUAGAGUUCAGACCCUGAAGUUUAAAACAGACAGGAAUGAAAACAUCUGAACCCUCUGAGCUCCAAACUUUCUGUUUUUCUUCUCUGUCACUUCAUUUUUCUAAACGUGAAGAAAAACAUCUCUAUUUAGGAUUUUAUUGAACAAAAAUAGUGAAACUUUCUGAAAUCCAAACGACCACAUGAAGAAUUCACAACUCAACUCCAAAAUAUACAGAUUUAAACCUUUAAUUCUAAACUUUUUGUUUUUUUUUUUUUAACGUUUUCUUUCAUAAAUUCUGCUCAGUUUCUGUUUUUGGUCAGUAGAUGAUCUUCUAAAGGUGAAUAUUUCCUCAUUUCCUGGUUUUCAUGAUUCUAAAACUGAAAUUCUAGAAGUUUGGAGUAAAAGCAGCAGCUUCAGGAAAUGAUUCUAAACAUAUUACACUGUUUUACAGCGUCUGCUUGUUUGUUUUUGGCUCAUUUUUAAUCCAGAAACGUGUUUAAAUAAUAAUAUUGUCAGGAUUUUCAGCUCAGAUUUGCUUCAUGUCUCUGAAACGUUUAAUUUAUGAAUUAUUAAAGAGAAAUUAAAUAAAUGUAUAUAUUUACGCCCAGAAUUUGUUACAUUUCCCCAACAAAACAGACGAGUAGUUUGAAAAAAGUAGAAAAUCUGAUCAUUAUUAUUUAAAAAAAAAACAAAACAUUUUACAGUCUCUGCUCAUACAUUGUCAUUUUGGUGAUUUUUGAAAAAAAUAUUUAACAAAAAUUGGGGAAAACAGCUGAAAUCAACAUGUCCAAUAUUUUCCAUAUUUUUUUAUUUUUAUUGUAAAUAUCAUGAAUUUCAGCUCAAAAUUUGUAAAAUCUCCCCCAAAAAACAGAUGAAUAUUUAAAAAAAAUUGAAAAUCUGAUUAUUAUUAUUGGCAUUAUUGUUAUUUUACAUUUCUGCUUCAUAAAUUGUCAUUUUGAUGAUUUUAAAAAAAUAACCGAAAUUGGGGAAAUCUUCUGAAAUCAUGUUUAAUAUUUUCCAUAUUUUUAUUAUUAGUUUUGUUUGUUUUUGGCUCAUUUUAAAUCAAGAAACGUUUAUAAAUAAUUAAUAUUUUCACAAUUUUAAGCUCCGAUUUGUAAAAAUUUACCCUGAGAAACAGACGAGUAGCUAAAAAAAAAAGUUGAAAAUCUGAUUAUUAUUAAUAUUUUACAUUUCUGGCUCAUAAAUUCUGCCAUUUUGGUAUUUUUUAAAAAACUGUUUAAUAAAAAUUGGGAAAAAACGUGGAAUCGUGUUGGAUGUUUUAGAUUUUUAUGAAAUAUCAGAAAUUUUAAGCUCAUAAUUUAUUUCUCUAAUAAAACAAAAGAGGAGGUGAGACCUGCUGAUAAAUAACCUCAUUCUGGUGAUUUGUUCAAAAGAAAUUGUUUGUUUUUGGGAUUCGGAGGGUUCAAAUGUUUUUCCAUUACAUUAAGCAUGCAGCAUCAUGAUGUGAAGCACGGUGGUGGCGGUAUCAUGAGCCACCACCAUGGCUCAUGAUACUGCCACCACCGUGCCUUUAUUAACUGAAGUUGAGGUGAAGAAGCUGCAGCACGAUGACGGUUUUAGUUCAUUUUUCAUAUUUAAGAAUAAAAUGAAGGUUUUGCAGCUUAAAUCCGUUCAGAUGAAGUUUUUAAAUGUGUGAAUAUGUAUAAAUAUGUAUAAAUAUUAAAUAUGCAGAACCAGACUUCACUGUGCAAACGACCAAACUCUCAGCGAUGAUCAGCUCCAUGUCGACACUUUCUACAACAUGCUUUCAACCUGUAGAUGAUUCAAAGCGAGGGUAUAUUUUAUAAAAAAACACAGACUGCUGCUUUUAUUCUGCUCUUUGUUUGUUUGUUGCUCGACUCUGUGGAGAUUUUCAGGACUGAGGAGAAAGUUUAUGGGAACCUCAAAGCAUCUGAAUUCUCUCUUGUCCUCGGUUCUGUGAUGUUUCUGUAAUAAACGGGUGCGGUUUGUCUAACCUGA